GACAGACAGACAGACAGACAGAGGCAUGUCCACCCAACCGGGUCCCCAGCACAGGGUCUUGUUCCAAACCCCGGGUGAGGAGAAGGUGGAAGAGGAGCCUCCUCAACGCAGACUGGGAAAACUCACGGUCAAGUACAACCGCAAGGACCUGCAACGGAGGCUGGACAUCGAGGAGUGGAUCGACGGGCAGCUGCAUCUCCUGUUUGACUGCGAGGUAACUUUCAGCUAUCUUCCGAUCUAGGGUCAGCUCCUUUUACACCGGUGAUGAUCUUUACCAUUGUGGUGUAAUGUAUCAAAGCUAGUCCUGGACCAGUAUCUUAUAAGGGCAUGAUGUAAAUAUAAUGGUGAAGUAAGCAAGCUUAAGUUUAGACAAGGGAGUUCCCAUAGCGACAGUCGCCUGGCAGAGAAGGGGAGAAACGGAGUGGAGGAGAGGUGAGGGAAGAGGGGAGAGCGCUCCCUCGUUUCUACUGUGAAUAAUUCCCACUGAAAGGAUAGAGAGGAAGAGAUAGAGGAUGAUGUAUAGAAAGAGAGGGAGAUGACUAAAGAGACUUUACUGGAGAGAGCAUUUGGUUAUGUGUGUUUACCUGGCAUUCACAGUUGUCCUAUCCGCUGGUCCGGGGUCAGAUACGCUGGUCCAGGGUUAUCUUCCUAAUAGUCAAGGUUAGGAAUUGUGUUGUGUAAUCUGAUUUUAGAUCUGUGGUUAGGGGGGCAACUUGAGCUGCUCAGUUACUGUACAGUUACUGUAGUGCAGAUGACUAGUGGGUCAAAUCUGAAGUAACUAAAGUUAAAUUAGAUCCUAUUUUGAUUACUCAGACAUGGUUAUGACAUUUAAAGCAAUUCAGAAUGUGUAUUGCCCCAUUAGUUGGUCCUGUUUUGUCUCUAACAUUGGCUAAAUGCGCAUUAUGGCUUUAUGGGUCAUUCAUUCAUUCAUUCUCUGUGGCCACCUGUGUUUAGUACAGUAAUGUCCAAUUUUAUCCACAAGGAGCCCUGUGUGGGUUCAGGCAAUCACAGUCUUCAAUCAAGACUAGUUGAGAUAUCAGCUGUCUUACUGCUUGGACUGGAGUAAAAGCCUGCACUUUCACAGUUCAGUACUUCGAUUAUUUCAUGCUGUGACAGGAUCUAGCUAUCUUGGUAUAUUUCUCUGUUGGUUUCCAGACCAGACAAACUGAAUUGGGAACCUGGGUGAGGCUGGCUAAGGGCUUUAUUGACUCAAAUGAUUAGUCCCGGAACCAGAGGGAGCUCGGUCCAAUUAUAUCCUCAGCUGUGGCAAUUUGAUUACCGGGCCCCUAGGAAACGCAAUGGAAACGACCAUUUGGGCUCCAGUUUUGGCUCCUUGUCAGUGUACCGUAUAACUUUUGUUUUGGGAGGUAAACGAUAGAUAGAAGAUAGACAGACGAUAGAUAGAUAGAUAGAUAGAUAGAUAGAUAGAUAGAUAGAUAGAUAGAUAGAUAGAUAGAUAGAUGCGAUUUAAAAAAAGUCUAAAAUCACAUGUAAGUGAAGUACUGUAGGUAAGGUUCUCUAAAAUUCUAAUAUUUCUACUUUGCCCUCCUGGAGGACAUUGUCAGGAAAGAUGUAUUUUCUCACAUGACCUUGGGACACAGUUGGCCCGUAGCCAGUGAAGCCCAUAUGGAAGUAAAUAACUGGUGGCAAAAGACCCCAGUGUUUGAGGGAGAAAAGGGCCCAGUCAGGGUUCAACCACGGCCUCAUGUCACAGGCAGCGUGGGUGACAAUAGAGUCGGUAUGCUGGCCCCCAUCCAAUGUCCCCUUUGUCCCCAUUGUAAGAAAGUCCAUAAUAACAGUUAGCCUGAAGCAAUGCACUGUAUAGUACAAACAUAUUUUUAAAAGAUGAAUGAAAUACAAUGGAUAUGCAUCUUUAGUACUAACACCAUGUCCAGUAGCUCUGAUUGAAAGAUAAAAGUUGAUUAUUAAAACUCAAGCUGCUUAGUGUAAUGCCUCACAUUUGUAUGGGUAGAGAAGUACAGUGAACUGGCCUGAGAAACCACCAACAGCUUAUUAUCAUAUUCCCUCAAAAGAAUAUUGUUAAUUUUCUAGAAAGUUUUCUAGAUAUUUCGUCCCUGGUAGGCACUCAUUGUUGUCUCUGAAUAGUUGUUUCUUUGUUCCUAUAUGAAUGGAAAUACCAAAGUAGUGUACAACAGACUGUUGUGGGUUCUAAUCAAGACAAAGCCAUUUAAUCUUCACAUUCUCCAGGAUGACCUUGCCAGAUCAGAGGGAUUGGACCCUCAUUGCAUUCAUGAUCAAUUAUCAGAUAGCAUAAUGAUUUUCCAAGACACUGAGGUUAGAAAUAGUUCGUACAUGAUUGAGAAAAGGGUGGAAAGAUCAAGACAAUAAUAAUCUACUUUUUACUCAUAUAGUAAAUACUGUAGCAUUUUCCCAAGUAGCAGUCUGUAUGUGUGUUCUAUUUGAUUUAUGCCAGGGGAAAGAAAGUAGGAAUGGAGUAAAGGAGCUUGCCAAGCGAUACAAGGAAAGUCUGAAGUGGUUUGCUAUUGGGGAAAAAACUAAAGUAAUCUGGACUUUAUUAAUACUCACAAAACUAAGAGGAAACCAUUUUAGAAGCAGAAACAAAGCCAUUACCCUAUGUUAUGCCACAAAGGUGGUUUAAGCUUCCAAUAACACACAGGUUAGAGGUCACAUUCUUUUUUGUGUGUGGGAUUCAUUCCAAGAAACAAAAUGGCUGACUUAUUGACUUCCCCCUGCAGAGAAAAUUCUCUCCGCAUGCUACGGCAGGUAAGCGAUUACCUCCAUCAGUUAGCAUACCAAGAUUUAACAUGUUUGCCCACAGUGUAGAUAAAGGCACUGAACGUUUCUUGCUCAAAGAUUCUUGACUUGAUUAAUAUUCUGGGGAUCAGAUUAAUUUCUCAGCUAUUUGUGCUUAAACCUCCUCUUAGCUUCACGCGGUGAAUGACAUUGGUUUCCCAAUACCUACACUAACUUUACCCCUAAAUUAUAGAACCUGAGCUUUAAUGGUUUAGUAAUGGUUGGUUUCAGAUGAUAGAGUACUGAUAAUGAGAGUAUGGUGUUGAAUGCAGGCAGGGAUGGUACAUACAUGCCACACAAACACAAUCUAUGAAACUAGUUCUAGCUGCAGUUAAAUUCCACAGGGUUUUGUAAUACAAUGUGUGUUUUAAAGAGAAAAAUUGCAAAAAAGAUGUCAAGCUACCGAUAAGGUCUACCCUUGGAACCACACGUGAAUUAAGGAAAACCUUAAAUAAUUCAACACAUGACCCUAGGGGCGUUGACGUUAAAUAACUACCCUCAUAGACGUCUGUGUCGAAAUACCCCACAGCGUAACCUUAAGCAUCAGCUGCCAAAUUACCUUGAUUGGAACCCCUGUACUUUAACUAUAAAGCGAUGUCUGUGUGGAUUUGAAUAGAGUUUAAUGGACAGCUACAGAUGUAGGAUCUUAAUUUGAUCAACCUUUUGUUGCUGAGAAUUUUCGUGCAAAGCAGGACAUGCAAACUUGUAGUGUAUUUGAGUUUUAAAAUGGCUUCUAACGAUUGUAAUUUUCACUUUGAAAUUUGACUUGAUUUGCCCUAAUUAAAAAUGUAUCAACCGCUACAAAAAUGUCCAUAAAUUAUAAUCCACAUAAUAAUUCACAUUUCCUGUUGCUGCAAGAUUAUUUUCCUGCUGUAACAAACUGGCUCAAAUUAUGAUCCUACAUCUGAAGUUUACCACAGGAGGGGUGAACAUAACUUUAAAGCUCCAAGGUUAUACAAAUAUAAAACAUUAGCUAAUGUAUUGCAUUUAAGGGAUGAUGGCCCAUUAGCUCGCAGGGCUAGCCUUAUCUAGCAUUAUAGCCUAAUGAUCUUCCUUGUCCUCGCUUUACGAUCAUUACUUCUAAGAGUCUGACUGUGCUGACAAGCUUGCUCUGGCUUUCCAGAGUUGUGAUGCUAAUGGGCUGUCUAGUAGAUUUAUAUGAGCCACAGCCAGACUGGAUCAGAGGGACUACAUUUAGUUACAGUUCCAAGGGGACAAAAAGUACAUCAAAUCAAAUCUUAUUUGUCACAUGCGGUGUAGACCUUACUGUGAAACGCUUACUUACAAGCCCAUAACCAACAAUGCAGAGGUUUUUUUUUAAGUAAGAAAAUAUUUGCACAAAAAAAGAAAAAUAGAAUAAACUAAUGUUUAAAAAAAAAACAGUUACACAAUAAAAUAACACUAACGAGGCUAUAUACAGGGGGUACCGAUACCGAGGCAAUGUGCAGGGGUGCAGGUUAGUCCAGGUAAUUGAGGUAAAAUGUACAGUGAAUUCGGAAAGUAUUCAGACCCCUUCCCUUUUUCCACAUUUUGUUACAUUACAGCCUUAUUCUAAUAUGGAUUAAAUAAAAAUCCUCAUCAAUCUACACACAAUACCCCAUAAUGACAAAGCAAAAACAGGUUUUAUACAUUUUUGCAAAUUUAUUAAAAAUGAAAAACAGAUACCUUAUUUACAUUCAGUAUUCAGACCCUCUGCUAUGAGACUCGAAAUUGAGCUCAGGUGCAUCCUGUUUCCAUUGAUCAUCCUUGAGAUGUUUCUACAACUUGAUUGGAGUCCACCUGUGGUAAAUUCAAUUGAUUGGACAUGAUUUGGAAAGGCACACGCCUGUCUAUAUAAGGUCCCACAGUUGACAGUGCAUGUCAGAGCAAAAACCAAGCUCCGAGACAGGAUUAUGUCGAGGCCCAGAUCUGGGGAAGGGUGCCAAAAAAUGUCUGCAGCAUUGAAGGUCACCAAGAACACAGUGGCCUCCAUCAUUCUUAAAUGGAAUAUGUUUAGAACCACCAAGACUCUUCCUAGAGCUGGCCUCCCGGCCAAACUGAGCAAUCGGGUGAGAAGGGCCUUGGUCAGGGAGGUGACAAAGAACCCGAUGGUCACUUUGACAGAGCUCCAGAGUUCCUCUGUGGAGAUGGGAGAACCUUCCAGAAGGACAACCAUCUCUGCAGCACUCCACCACUCAGGCCUUAAUGGUAGAGUGGCCAGACGGAAGCCACUCCUCAGAGCACAUGACAGCCCACUUGGAGUUUGCCAAGAGGCACCUAAAGGACUCACAGACCAUGAGAAACAAGAUUCUCUGGUCUGAUGAAACCAAGACUGAACUCUUUGGCCUGAAUGCCAAGCGUCACGUCUGGAGGAAGCCUGGCAUCAUCCCUACGAUGAAGCAAGGUGGUGGCAGAAUCAUGCUGUGGGGAUGUUUUUCAGCAGCAGGUACUGGGAGACUAGUCAGGAUUGAGGGAAAGAUGAACGGAGCAAAGUACAGAGAGAUCCUUGAUGAAAACCUGCUCCAGAGAGCUCAGGACCUCAGACUGGGGUGAAGGUUCACCUUCCAACAGGACAACGACCCUAAGCACACAGCCAAGUCAACGCAGGAGUGGCUUCGGGACAAGUCUCCGAAUGUCCUUGAGUGGCCCAGCCAGAGCCCGGACUUGAACCCGGUCGAAUAUCUCUGGAGAGACCUGAAAAUAGCUGUGCAGCAACGCUCCCCAUCCAACCUGACAGAGCAUGAGAGGAUCUGAAGAGAAGAAUGGAGAAACUGCCCAAAUAAAGGUGUGCCAAACUUGUAGCGUCAUACCCAAGAAGACUCGAGGCUGUAAUCGCUGCCAAAGGUGCUUCAACAAAGUACUGAGUAAAGGGUCUGAAUACUUAUGUAAAUGUCAUGUUUCAGUUUUUUGAUUUAUUUUUAUGAAUGUGCAAAAAUGUCUAAAAACCUGUUUUUGCUUUGUCAUUAUGGGGUACUGUGUGUAGAUUUCAAUUUUAGAAUAAGGCUGUAACGUAACAAUGUGGAAAAAGUCAAGGGGUCUGAAUACUUUUCGAAUGCACUGUAGGUAGGGGUAAAGUGACUAUGCAUAGAUAAUAAACAGCGAGUAGCAGCAGCGUAAAAAAAGGGGUCAAUGCAAAUAGUCCGGGUAGCCAUUUGACUGUUCAGCAGUCUUAUGGUUAGGGGGUAGAAGCUGUUAAGAAGCCUUUUGGACCUAGACUUGGCGCUCCGGUACCGCUUGCCGUGCGGUAGCAGAGAGAACAGUCUAUGACUAGGGUGGCUGGAGUCUUUGACAAUUUUUAGGCCCUUCCUCUGACACCGCCUGGUAUAGAGGUCCUGGAAGGCAGGAAGCUUGGCCCCAUGAUGGCCCCUACCCUCUGUAGCGUACUACCCUCAUUGGUCUAUAACUAUAUCUGUUUUGAUUGGGCAGAAUAUGCAUUUGCUCCUUGAUGCCUUCUCAGUAAGUGGACCUAACUAAGAGAAAAAAUAAAGGAAGUUAAAGUUGAUAAAAAUCUCACUACAAUAAGCUAGAACGUCUUUUGGAGGCAUCCCUGUUUUAUCUCAACCUAACAGAAAACAAACAAGGGAAGGCUUAACAUCCUUCUUUCCCACAACUUCCUGUUCCAGAAUGGUACAAAAAAAAAACCUUAAUGCAGGAGAUGACAACUGUAGAUUAAGAGGUUCAUAAUUAGCCUGUUUUGUCAGUUAUUAUGCAAAAUAAGUUGCAAAGUCAUUUUGAGGUUUGAAAAAUUUAUACGCUGUACUCUUGGUUGUGGUUCUCGAAAACCAUUUCAGGGCCCAACCCAUAUUCUCCAUUAUCCUCAUUACUGCUGUUGAAAAGCAACAUCUCAGCACAAAUUAUCUUCACGCAUUAAUAAGAUGAAAAAUUCUGCAGCGUCGAAUAAGAACCUGUUUGUCUUUCCGUAAGUGUACAGGGAACAUUAGGUGCACUUGCGUUUUAGGUGCACUUGCAUUAGGUGCACUCAUUCAUAAUGUCAACAGUCACUUCCCAUCUUCUACUGUCGGGAUUGGCAGCCAUUUUGGCUCAUUAGAGGAAUUGUAGGUACAAUAAGGAACAUAUUUAAUAGUAUAGGCCAACAUACUCAUGAAAUAAUCAUUGAAACCUAAGGGUCAUUUCUAUGGAAGUUAAUUUGCAAGGGAAAGUGUUCUCUGGGUAAAUCUUCAGAUCUUAUGAUCUAUUAGCCCUCUUUAAUCUUCAGAUCUUAUGAUCUAUUAGCCAUCUUUAAUCUUCAGAUCUUAUGAUCUAUUAGCCCUCUUUAUGCCUAAACGUCUUCCUGGAGAUCUACCAUCCCCAUUUUGUCAGGAGAAGUUUGCGAUAGUUUAUGUUAAAAUGGAAGAACAGUGGGAAUAGGAAUUGUAGAGUUAUAGGUGCACAAUAUAUAUUCUCUUUUUUUUGUGGUUGUUUACUUUUAAAGUAUGUCAUUGGCUCUUUGAUAGCUGUGGCUGCAUGAUUAGUGGGACAACUGUGGUCCACCAAAGCCCAGUGUACGCCAUGGAAUGUUGGGCUUGUUGGCCGUCAACACAAAAGACUAAGUGUCUGAACUAAUAUCUGUGCGUGACUGUGUUGGUCACAAAAAUGCUUUCACUUCCUAUCAACAUGGAAAUCUACUGCCAAAAGUUUUAAUAUUAUUUUUUAAAUCAGAAUUUACUUUGUUCAUUUCACAGUGAUCAUUGUGUGUGUAUUCAUCCAUCAACAAUCAGGUUAAUGAAAAUUGUUGAGUGAGAAUGCAAAGGAUGCCCUUCCUCAGAAGAAAUACAGUAGUCUACUGUUGCCAGAGAGGACAUUCAGACUCAGAGUAGCCUUUUGUCAUUGGUUAAAUGUAUUAUUAGUGUAAAUGGAGAGUUAUCUUGCUGACAUUUGGGUUCUUGUUUUAUUCUAGUUUUCUUUUGUUUGUGUUUUACCCUUUUUCAGGAGGAGGAUAUUCCGGAGUUAGAAAUUGACAUCGAUGAGUUGCUGGAUAUAUCAGACGCAGAACAGAGAUCAAAGCUACAUGUGAGUGCAAAAUCCUUGGUCUGUUCAGACCUGGGUUCAAAUACUAUUCAUCUUCCUGCAAAUACUGUAGCUGUGCUUGAUUGAAUUUGUCUGGCAAUGGAACAGUCCCCAAAGUGCAAAACUAAGCCCAUCUGUCACUGACAGGUUCAACCAAACGCUCAAACUAUUUGAACAAGAACUAAAACUAUUUGAACCCUGUUCUAAAUCUGUCAAAAACACCUUAUGUUGUUUGAAUAAAGAGUCAGAGUGACAGAGUUCAUGGUUUCCCAACUCUAUUUCUACAGGACCUUCUUCAAGAGUGUGGCAAGCCCAAAGAGGUAAGGAAGCACUAAACAAAUUGCAUUGACAGUCCAAUGAUACAGGCAAUCUUUUUAAAGGGAGGCAGAUAGCCUCGAGGUUAGAGAGUUGGACCAGUAACCCAAAGGUUGGUGGUUUGAAUUCCGGAGCCGACAAGGUGAAAAAUCUGUCGCUGUGCCCUUGAGCAAGGCACUUAUCCCCAACUGCUCCAGCGGUGCUGGACAACGGUGAUACUGGCUGUGACCCCACUCCCUGCGGGUGUCUCAGGGGGAGUUACGAUAUGCAAGAAACACAUUUCCAUUACACACUGACACUUGUACAAGUGUGUAACAGGACAUAAACUCAGCAAAAAAAGAAACAUCCCUUUUUCAGGACCCUGUCUUUCAAAGGUAAUUUGUAAAAAUCAAAAUAACUUCACAGAUCUUCAUUGUAAAGGGUUUAAACACUGUUCUCAUGCUUGUUCAAUGAACCAUAAACAAUUAAGGAACAUGCACCUGUGGAACGGUCGUUAAGACACUAACAGCUUACAGACGGUAGGCAAAUAAGGUCACAGUUAUGAAAACUUAGGACACUAUGUCUUUCUACUGACUCUGAAAAACACCAAAAGAAAGAUGCCCAGGGUCCCUGCUCAUCUGCGUGAACGUGCCUUAGGCAUGCUGCAAGGAGGCAUGAGGACUGCAGAUGUGGCCAGGGCAAUAAAUUGCAAUGUCCGUACUGUGAGAUGCCUAAGACAGCGCUACAGGGAGACAGGACUGACAGCUGAUCGUCCUCGCAGUGGCAGACCACGUGUAACAACACCUGUACAGGAUCGGUACAUCCAAACAUCACACCUGCGGGACAGGUACAGGAUGGCAGCAACAUUUACAUUGUAGUCAUUUAGCAGACGCUCUUACCCAGAGCGACUUACAGUUAGUGAGUGCAUACAUUUUCAUACUGGCCCCCCGUGGGAAACAAACCCGCAACCCUGGCGUUGCAAGCGCCAUGCUCUACCAACUGAGCUACAGUUACACCAGGAACCACAAUCCCUCCAUCAGUGCUCAGACUGUCCACAAUAGGCUGAGAGAGGCUGGACUGAGGGCUUGUAGGCCUGUUGUAAGGCAGGUCCUCACCAGACAUCACCGGCAACAACGUCACCUAUGGCCACAAACCCACCAUCGCUGGACCAGACAGGACUUGCAAAAAGUGCUCUUCACUGACGAGUCGCGGUUUUGCCUCACCAGGGGUGAUGGUCGGAUUCACGUUUAUCGUCGAAGGAAUUAGCAUUACACUGAGGCCUGUACUCUGGAGCGGGAUCGAUUUGGAGGUGGAGGGUCAGUCAUGGUCUGGGGCGGUGUGUCACAGCAUCAUCGGACUGAGCUUGUUGUCAUUGCAGGCAAUCUCAAUGCUGUGCGUUACAGGGAAGACAUCCUCCUCCCUCAUGUGGUAUCCUUCCUGCAGGCUCAUCCUGACAUGACCAUGACAAUGCCACCAGCCAUACAGCUCGUUCUGUGCGUGAUUUCCUGCAAGACAGGAAUGUCAGUGUUCUGCCAUGGCCAGCGAAGAGCCCGGAUCUCAAUCCCAUUGAGCACAUCUGGGACCUGUUGGAUCGGAGGGUGAGGGCUAGGGCCAUUCCCCCCAGAAAUGUCAGGAAAUUUGCAGGUGCAUUGGUGGAAGAGUGGGGUAACAUCUCACAGCAAGAACUGGCAAAUCUGGUGCAGUCCUUGAGGAGGAGAUGCACUGCAGUACUUAAUGCAGCUGGUGGCCACACCAGAUACUGACUGUUAAUUUUGAUUUUGACCCCCCCUUUGUUCAGGGACACAUUAUUCAAUUUAUGUUAGUCACAUGUCUGUGGAACUUGUUCAGAUUAUUUCUCAGUUGUUGAAUCUUAUUAUGUUCAUACAAAUAUUUACACAUGUUAAGUUUGCUGAAAAUAAAUGCAGUUGACAGUGAGAUUGAUUAUUAUCUUGUGAAUACCGGUAAAAAACAGUGAAUCUUCUGUUGACCCAUGCAUGACUACUACCUGUUUACCUGGGCCCUCAUACACCUGACCCCACCACCUGACCCCACCACACGACCCCUAACCCGAGUGAGACUGCUCUCUAGUGGUGAGAAGUGACAGCCCAAAACAACCACAACUAGACAAACAUACACCCUAUCAAAAUGGCUCUUACAACCACAACAUGUGAGAUAUACUUCCACUAAGUUUCCAUAAACACACCUAAAACUUGAGGGUUACUGUGUUGUGCAUGCAUGUAUUGACUGUUUAACCUGUACACAGUAUAACCACCUCUCACUCACUAAUUUCUCUACUGUUCCCUGACAGGACUUCAUUGACGGCUUGCUGUAUCGGAUGAAGGGACUUCGCAAGAUGUCACUGAAAAAAUGAACAAAGUUGGAGUGGAGACCAUCUGAAAUGAGACACCAUCCUCUCUCACCUGUAGCUGUGGAUGUGUGAACAGUGACAGUCCUCAUGUAUCUAGAUAUAUCCUUAUGUAUCCACAAUCUGCAGUAUCAGUGUCUAUAUUAGUGGUUGGCAGCCCUAGACAAAGAGGGUCCUUGUUGGGCAGGUUACACCCUUAACAGUCAAUGGUGUUACUACAUCAGGGGCCCCCAUGGCAAUAUUUAAUCAUAUAUGGCACGAUGGCAGAUGGAUGGUGGAUCCAUCCACCAAUGGACGACCGGUACAGACAGGACUACUUAUCACAUACUUUAAUGCAGGGUUGACUGGGCCCAGAAAUUGGCCCAGGCAUUUCUAUUACACUGCCCAUUUUUUCCCUUUGAGGUCCUCACACGGCCCAAUUUUUUCCUAGAACCCCCAUUAUUAGCCAAAUAACGA